UAAAAGUUGAUCGAAAUAAAUGUUGAAAAUUUACAAUAAAUUUGACUAAAUUUGUUAAAGUAAAAAAUAACUGUCUGUCGCUUUCGGCUUUUUAAUACGAUUCUUUUUCAAUUUUUCUAGUGUACUACUUGUACUAGUGUAGAGUACAUAAUCUACAAAAAUAUCCAUGGCCUUCUAGAUCAGUGCAAUUAUUUCUUUAUUUUCUAUAAAUUAUUAAUAUAAUUCAUUAAAAUGUUAAAUAAAUUUAUCACUCUAGUUAAUGUACGAAAGUUACUAGAAUGUCGAGCAAUAACAACAAGAACGACAAUAAAUGCAAACGGAAAAGAUGUGCCCAAGAAGAAAAUUUCAGAGAACAGAAUCACUUUAAUUGGUGCUGACAACUCUAUUAGUAUUACUGACCUCAAAGAUGCUCAAAACUUGUCAGUGAGGCGUGAAUUAAAAUUAGUGAAAAUACAAGACCCAGAUACGAAAACACGACGGCCAGUUUAUAAAUUGUUGACCAAUGCUGAAUAUCAUGAAGAGGAAAUUUCCAGAAGAAAAGAAAAACAAAAUGCCCGUGAGAGCAAUUCCAUAAAGGGGCAAAAGCUAAUGACCCUCUCUUCUAAAAUAGCUGAGCACGAUUUACUUACAAGUGUCAAGAAAAUGGCCAAGCUUGUGGAGAAGCAGUAUGAAGUUAGGGUAGUCAUUUCAGGCAAUGAAAAUGAAGACAUGAAAUUGGACAGGAUAUACUCAAUAAUAGAGAAAAACUUGAAAUCUGCAGCUCAAUUGGUGCAGAAGAGAAAUAAAGGUAAUAAUUUGAGAUUCCAGCUACUGCCAUUGAAGGAUAGCACAAACCAAAGAAAUCAAUCUACGUCUGAUCAAAGUAAUAAUGACAAAGGUCCUCUAUGACUAGGUGUGAUCUUAGGGGCCAUAAUCAUAGCCAAAUACUUACUUUUAAGAAAAUAUUAUUUUGCUAAAGAUUCAACUCCUAGCCCUGACCACAAAAAAAUGGAAGAAAUAGAUAGUGAACUACUUAAUGAUUAAGCUAUAAUGUUAAUUUAAUGUAAUAUAGUAAAUCAUUAGCUACAUGUAUAUAUUUAUUAGUGUUUUUGUUAAAUAAAAUACUUAAUAAAUCUUAAA